AUGGACUUGAACGUGCCUGAUUUUCUAGGGCCGCCGGAGAGGAAACAACAAACACGCGGUUCUCCGCACUUCCAGGCGUUUCUGCCCCACCCGGACCUGUCGUAUUCGCCUCGGGCUUUCGGUUCGAGCGAUUUUGGUAGGGGUUUGGGCGAAGCAGAAACGAGCCGAGAAGCAUCCAUCAAAGACGCCAUGUACGGAGGCGGAGGGCGGAAGCUUGAUUUUGGGAGAUUGUCUGAGCCGGAUUCGGGCGCUCCUGAUCUGGCGGCGGGCGAUUUGGCUGUGAGCCAUGAAAUUGGCUCCAAUAACUUUGGCCGGGCGGCUAAUUAUGGCGAAAUUGGGGCAAGCGAGUAUGGCGAAUUCGGGGCGCGCGACUUCAAAAGCCCGUGGGGCGAAGUUCGCGGCGACCUUUUGCGCGAGUUCCGCGGGCGCGGCGCGUCGGUGGGGUUUUGGGGCGAGCCGCUGGAGACGCCGCGCGCAAAGUGGCGCGAGCCGCCGCGCGACAUGCCGCGCUUCGACCCGUUUGCGUUGCCGGCCGAGCUUCAGGGCGGCGUCGGCACCAUUCUGUCGCGGCGGCCGUCGUAUGCGGCGGAAUCGUUUACGCGCAACAUGGCGGGGUUUUCGGCGCAACAGCUUGACCAGGCGUGUGCCCUGCUCCAGCGGUUUUCUGUGGGCGACCAGGAAGAGGGACAAGGCAAUUGGAACGACGAGAUAGACCAUAGCCGAAGCCAGAACCAGAGCAACAGCCAGAACAGCCAGAACCAGAGCAACAGCCAGAACCAGAACUUGCAACACCAUAAUCAAAACCACAAUCAGAUCCACAAUCAGAUCCACAAUCAGAUCCAGAAUCAAAACCAUAAAAACCACAGUCAACACCAAAAUGAGAUCCAGAAUCAAAACCACAAUCAACACCACAACCAACACCAAAAUCAAAACCACAAUCAACCCCAAAAUCCAAACCGCCAGUUCCCCAAACCCGAGUACCCACUUUCACGGCCCAGAAACCCCGAAGACCAGACCAUCGCCGACGGCCUUCUUUUGCGCGACCAGUGUAUCGAGGCGUCGCCCGACUUGCGCACGCUCUACGGGCGGGCCGCGCCCUACUUCCAGGACCGCGCGCUCACGCGCGAGAUCGUGGCGCGCCUCAACCGGUUGCUUGCGCGGCCGGCGGUGGCGCAGCUCGUGGCGUUUUUGCGCCGCACAAACUCGCUCGCGCCCCACCGCGCGCUCUGUUUGGUGGCCAACAAAAACGGCAAGUUGGAUCUUUUGGCGUACCCGAGCCACAGCAACAUCCGCUUCCACACGGACGACUUGGCCAUUGUCGACGGCGACCGCGGCAAAGACUUGGCCAUGGUCGUGGACCCGCACAUCAACGUCGACCUUGCCGUGUUGUUCAACUACGUCAAGAAAAUCGAGCACUUGAAGUCGCUCACCAUUGUGGACGGCAAGAAAAGCCACCUGCUGCACGAGCCCGCGGCGCAGAUUGUCGCCCGCGGCGAAGACAGCGAGCUCACCAUCUCGCUUCCGACAAAACAGGUGUUGCGCCUAGCGUCGCCCAAAGAAGUCCAUCGCUUGGGCAGCCGCUUCUUGGAGGAGCGCAGGGCGUUUGUCACCUGCCACACCAAGAUCGCCGACUUGGCCUUGGACGGCGCGCUCUCGCUUGUGGACGUGGAGUACCAGUUUGACUUCAAGAAGUUGAUCUUCUACUACUUUGCCAACUUCCGCCGCGUGGACUUCCGCGGCCUCAUCAAGGAGUUGUUCAAAAUCUACAAAACCCGCAUCUGGCUCUGUGCCGUGUUGCCCGCAGACCAACCCGACUUGUACAUUGCGCCCGACGGCCAGCAGCGCCGCAGCGACUUUUGCCCGCCCAGCCCAAUUCCGCCCGAGUACGAACCGGCUCCCAAGCUCGUUCCGCAGUUUUCUGUGGGCAACUUUGAGCUGUUUGUGGGCUCCUACUUCCAUCUGCGCAACUUGAUGAACUUGCUCACGUAUGUGGAACAGGCGGCCGACGGAUAUUUUUACGGCUUCAAUGCUAUAUAG